AGCUGUACUGUGUAGCUACCUGCAGAUAGCUCCUCCUUUCUGUAACAUCGAUUGGGGCUGGCGAAAAAGAAGUUUGUGCUUUUACUCUGUAGGUUCCAACUCUAUAUCCGGAAUGCAGGCACUUCGGACUUCGACGAGGCGCGUAGCGUCUCAAUUCCGUUCUGCCUACGGAGGAGUACGCUUCUCGUCCACAAAUGAAGGAUAUCAAUAUAUCAUUUCCUCGACGCCGAAGCCAGGCGUAGCCUUGAUCCAGCUCAACCGCCCCAAAGCGCUCAACGCCCUCUGCACGCCCCUAAUCCAAGAACUCAACUCCGCCCUCCGCUCGCACCAAGCCAACCCCUCCAUCUCCGCCAUCGUCCUCACCGGCUCCGAGCGCGCCUUCGCCGCAGGAGCCGACAUCAAGGAGAUGAAGGACCUCACCUUCAGCGCGGCCUACCGCGACGACUUCAUCGAAUCCUGGUCCGACCUCGUCUCCUUCCUCAAGAAACCCCUCAUCACGGCCGUGAACGGCUACGCACUGGGUGGAGGUUGCGAAUUGGCCAUGAUGGGGGACAUCAUGUACUGCAGCCAGAGCGCCGUGUUCGGGCAGCCGGAGAUCAAACUCGGCACCAUUCCGGGGGCGGGCGGAUCCCAGCGCCUCACCAAGGCGAUUGGGAAGUCCCGCGCCAUGGAGGCCAUCCUGACGGGCAACAACAUUUCGGCGAAGCAGGCGGGGGAGUGGGGGCUCGUGGCUAAGGUGUUUGAGACCCCGCAGGAGUGUGUGGAUGGCGCGAUUGCGACGGCCGAGAAGAUCGCGUCGUACAGCCAGGUGGCGGUCAAGGCGGCCAAGGAGGUGGUGAAUAAGAGCCAGGAUUUGGGGAUUCGGGAGGGCGUCGAGUUUGAGAGGAGGGUGUUUCAUGGGCUGUUUGGGAGCCAGGAUCAGAAGAUUGGGAUGGGAGCGUUUGCGGAGAAGAAGAAGGCUGAGUGGAAGAAUGAGUAAGGGAGGUAGAGAUGUUUGACGCUAUUUCUGUAGAAAUAUCAGGCGCGAGCUACGUGCCCUAGAAAAGCGAAGUCGAAAUAGAAAUAAAAGUGAAAAUGAAAAUGAAAAUG